GAAUCAGAUAGCAUGAAUGAACCAGGCCGUGUUGUGUGGCAGCUUGCCCUGUGUCUUCUACUGGCCUGGCUUAUUGUUUUCUUUUGUCUUGUCAGAGGUAUUAAGUCAUCAGGAAAGGUUGUGUAUUUCACAGCUACAUUUCCGUACCUUGUAUUGUUCAUUCUGCUCAUCCGAGGUGCCACUUUACCCGGUCAUCUUGAUGGUAUAAAGUUUUUUAUAGUCCCGAAAUUUGACCGUCUAAGUGACCCACAGGUAGUCAAGAAAAUUCUUUUACCACCAUUGAAGCUUAAGUUGAGUUUAUGCUCAAGUGUGUUUAUGCGGUGGUCUUUGGUCUCUUUAUGAAUGUGUUGAAAGCUGAUUUUUUUUAGGAUCAGCCUUGAGUUAGUUUUGUUUGUGAGAAAACCCAUUUCAUUCUCGCAAAUUACUCUUCCUUAAAUGUUUACAAAAGAAUAGAGUUAAUGCAGACGUGGUCCAGUAGG